UACACACAUAGAUCACAUAUAAAAGACUUGGGUCGUAAGCCCAACCCGUCAAUCACCAGUUCUUUUUUGGUGCAAUCGUAUUGUUUUAGUUCUGUGAUAAACAUGGCACUGCGUGGAUAUCUUAGCACUAUAUUUCUUCUUCUUGCCAUCCUGUCGGUUUACACAACGGCAGCUCCAACCCCAACGUUCAAGAAACAUUGGGGAUACGGAGGCACUGGAGGUGUGGCAGUGAUCGGAAUUAAAAAAAUCGGUUACGGAGGAUAUGGAAGUGGUCCAUACUACGGAGGAUAUAAUAACGGCUACGGUGGAGGCUACGGAGGCGGCUACGGCGGUGGUUACGGUGGAGGAUACGGCGGAGGUGUAGGAAGCGGCUACGGAAGUGGCUAUGGAGGUGGCUACGGAAGUGGUUACGGAGGUGGUUACGGAGGUGGAAAUGGAGGCGGAUAUGGAGGUGGAUAUGGAGGUGGUUACGGAGGUGGCUACGGAGGAGGAGUUGGAUUCGGAGGAGGAAUUGGUUUCGGAGGUGGUUUUGGCGGUGGUUUCGGCGGCGGAUACGGAGGUGGAUACGGAAGUGGAUGGGGAAAAUGAGAUUAUUAAGCUAUGUAAACUGUCUACAUAAAUUAUUUAUUUAUUUUUUUUAAA